AAUGUAAACAACAGACGCGCGCAGUCGUGACCCGUGACUGUCUGUGAUGAAACAGUUUCCUUACUGCUGAUUAAUGUUUCCCUCACUUCCACUGGAAUGCAUCACAUAUGCCGCCCUCGACAAGUUUAUUCGAUCUAACUGCAUGAAGAAACCAAGCAAAUUAGCCCGUGUGUAUCGGCUGCAGUGAGGGAGAGUCGCGGAGAAGCGCUAUGCCGCGGCGGAAGAAAAAUGCGGGCAGUAGCUCUGAAGGUACAGAGGAUUCAGAUUUCUCCGCUGAGCACACAGACAGCUCAGAGAGUGACACCCACACGGUUAGAAACACCCGACUCACUCGAUCCUCUCUGAGACUCAGCCGCAACUCGCAAGAUUCCAGUCCUGUGGGGAACCCUUCUGCCCCGGUUUCAGAGAAGGUGGUGAACUAUUCCACCCGCCGUGUGACUCGUAGUCAACAGCAGGGGGUGACAGUCUCGCCCAAGAAAUACCCCUUGCGGCAGAGUCGCUCUUCUGGCUCAGACACGGAGCAGCAUGGGGAAAUCUCAGAGAGGGACAUUAAGCAAAGCGCAGACCAUGAUGAGUCCCCACCCAGGACGCCCACAGGCAAUGCUCCUUCCUCUGAGUCUGACAUUGACAUGUCCAGCCCAAAUGUGUCUCAUGAUGAGAGCCUGGCAAAGGAACUAUCACUGAAAGAAUCCGGCCUUGCUCACCGGCCCAAAAGACGGCGCUUUCAUGAGAGCUACAACUUUAACAUGAAGUGCCCCACACCUGGUUGUAAUUCACUUGGACAUUUGACAGGGAAACAUGAAAGGCACUUUUCAAUAUCUGGAUGUCCACUGUACCAUAACCUCUCAGCAGACGAGUGUAAGGUGAAGGCAAGCUCCCGAGACAAACAUGUGGAGGAGAGGACGCUGUCACAGCGGCAGGAUGAGAACCGCCAUUCCGCCCGGCAACAGGCCCAAGCAGAGAGACAGCUGCGAUAUAAGGAGAAGGUGACAGAGAUGAGGAGGAAGAGAAACUCUGUUCCACAAAAAGACAAGUACAUGGAGCACAGACCGUCCCAUGGCAGCAGUCGUGAGCCUCUGCUGGAGAACAUCACAAGUGACUAUGACCUGGAGCUGUUUAGAAAAGCCCAGGCACGUGCUUCGGAUGAUCUUAGCUUGACUGGGGAAAAAAUCAUAAGGAGCAACAAGAAGGAAAAACUCCGGCUCGAGGGACAGGUCACAGAGGGCGGCAACAUGAUAAAGGCCAUUGUGUUCGGCCGCUACGAGUUGGACACUUGGUACCACUCGCCGUACCCCGAAGAGUACGCACGCCUUGGCCGUCUCUACAUGUGCGAGUUCUGCCUAAAAUACAUGAAGAGUCAGACUAUUUUGCGACGUCACAUGGCCAAAUGUGUGUGGAAACAUCCACCAGGUGAUGAGAUUUACAGAAAAGGGCCUAUAUCUGUUUUUGAAGUGGAUGGCAAGAAGAACAAGAUUUAUUGCCAAAACCUGUGUCUGCUUGCCAAACUCUUCCUGGACCACAAAACACUGUACUACGAUGUGGAGCCGUUCCUCUUCUAUGUGAUGACUGAAGCUGACAAUACCGGCUGCCAUCUUGUAGGAUACUUCUCCAAGGAAAAGAAUUCAUUCCUGAACUACAAUGUCUCCUGCAUCCUGACCAUGCCACAGUAUAUGAGGCAGGGUUAUGGCAAGAUGCUGAUUGAUUUCAGUUACCUGCUGUCCAAAGUAGAGGAGAAGGUUGGCUCUCCUGAGCGGCCUCUCUCUGAUCUCGGCCUCAUCAGUUACAGGAGCUACUGGAAAGAAGUGCUCCUGCGCUACCUGCACAACUUCCAGGGCAAAGAAAUCUCCAUUAAAGAAAUCAGUCAAGAAACAGCUGUCAAUCCUGUAGACAUUGUCAGUACUUUACAGUCACUCCAGAUGCUGAAGUACUGGAAAGGGAAGCACCUGAUCUUAAAAAGACAGGAUCUGAUUGAUGAUUGGAAAACCAAAGAGGCAAAACGUGGAAGCAGCAAGACUAUUGACCCUACGGCCUUGAAGUGGAGCCCACCCAAAGGAACAUAAGACAAUAAUCUGCAUGCUCUUCCCUGUUUGCUGUAGUUUAGCAGGUCUUGCUCACUAUAGGAAAAGCUUAACAAAUAGGAAAGCAUUUUCUUGUUACAGUAAGUUACAAGUAAAGCUGCAAUCUUAACUGAAUCGUGUUUGUCACAUGAUGCAGCUAGCAUUUAGAGUUACCAUAACUGUCCUAUUCUAGGUUUUUG